AUGGGUUUUAAGGAGGUUGCAGCCUUCUCCAAUUCCCACCCCCCUCAAAAUAUACAAGAUUCAGUCGAGAGAUGGCUCUCUCCAGUGUCGAGGGAAGAGCCAGGCCGAUUCUACAACUUCAGCAGACAUUCGCAGGAACGAUGGGCAUUAAACACCUACAACUUCAAGCCGGACGCCGAUCAAACCAGCGUCGCUUCCGUUGACGAUGAUGUCAGCGUGAGCGAUUCAGCCCAUGAGUCUUAUUCCUCCGAGUCAUCUUCUCAAACGUCCUGGACGUCAACAACUGAUCCGGGCGACAUCUUCCUGGACGAGGACGGUAGGGAGCCGCUUCCGCCGCUCAAGAAGGUGCUCUCUCACUCGGCACUCGAACCUCAAGAGCAGUUGUUGAAGGGACUACAGAACAAAGAUCACACUGCUUCCGACAGCAGUUGCCCCCUUGGGUAUGCCUAUCGUAGCCUCAAGGCCCGAGUCUCAACUCAUCUUCAUCAACCCAGCCAAACCUGCUUACGACUCCGUGGGGGUGACGCCAGCUUUGACCCAGAUACGCAGCAUUGGAGUGCUCGGAGGACUGCCUGUUCCUUCCGAAGACAAUGCCCACCUAGGUUAAAGAGGGAUACCGACGUGACAGAGCAAUUUGUGUCCCUUCUCAUCGUCUUUGCAAAGAGACUCAUCACCGCCAUAUGGCCCCUCUCGGACCGACCCCCAAUGAUGUCGGAUUGUUUCAAUGGAGCUGGUGUAUUACGCCUCGAUACCUUCAUUAAAGAAACUCUCCGACGCUCCAAGACAAGCUAUUCGACUCUGCAAGUUGCUCUGUACUAUCUGAUCCUCCUAAAAUCUAGGAUGUGCCAAGGACCGUCCAAGACCAGCUGUAGAGGCGAGUCGUUUGAGAGAUCACAAUGCCGAGCCAUGCAAUGUGGGCGCCGCAUGUUUUUGUCGGCUCUCAUGCUGGCUUCGAAAUAUUUGCAGGAUCGGAACUACUCGGCUCGUGCUUGGAGCAAGAUCUCUGGCCUCCGGAGCAAUGAAAUCAACGAGAACGAAAGAGAAUACCUCGCACAGAUCAACUACGACCUCCAUGUUCCGAAAGAGGCGUUUGACAAUUGGAGCAAGGUUGUUCUGAUUUUGAGCAAAUUGUCAAGCGAGAGACCAGCGUGUCGGCCAAGCACUUUCAACGAGAACUUCGGUUCCCCUGGUGGUCGCCCGGGCGCCUCAUUGGCGGCCAUGAUAUCGCAAGUGGGUCUCGAAGAGAAUAUGAACGAGUAUGUGUUCUCAGAUUCGUGGUGGACUGCCUUGCUCCGGAAACUCGAGCCUAGCAUUAUCAAGGACACGGCGCACGUAGAUGAGUUCUUGCGAACUAACCUACCAAGCGACAAGAUGGAAAUCAUUGCGUCAUUGGCGCAGCUAAGCAAGCAAGUGAACAGGCGGCCGGAGAGCUCAACCCCUGGCACGGAUGCUGUUACUCAUGGUUAUGAUCUGAACUUCAGCGAGGCCUUGAAGACACGCAUUCCGGAGUCGACCAAGACUCAGCCGGUACAGGCUUUUCAAACUCCCGCUCAGAUGAGUCCGGCCAAGGGCCUUGCGUUACCGACUCGGCCUCACCUUGGAAAUCUUCCAACUCCACAAACCACUCCUCGUCCGGAUCACUUGCCUUUUGCGUCCUGCAGAGACAAUCCAGGAACUUCCCAGUCGGUCAACGACUCCAGUCACUUCAUCACCGGCGUCGAUCUCGUCGGACUCGACGACCUUGACAUCCCGAUCUCGAUCAUCAUCUAUUUCGUCCAAUUCUUCCUGGUCCUCCUGGGCACCAAGCAUCCCUCCGCUGCGCAGAAGAGUGUGGAACGGCGUCAGCUCUCCUCUGUCUCGAGUAUCUUCAUUGUCGGACAGACACUGCAAGCCCGCCUCGACAGAUUGUCAGAGAUCGGAGACCCCCUUUCGCAGAGAAAGCUGUCCCGAGGAAUCUCGGGUCCAAGAACCAAAGAACAUCCCUACCAGUUCCGAAGUCGCUGCCAUCCACGGAUUGAUGUCGUUGUCAGCGUUGACAGAAUCACCAAGCCAGAGUGUCACGCCAACCCCUCAGCGACUUGCCGAGAAAGGUGA